AUGGAAGGAACGAUACUGAUCACUGGCGCGACUGGGUCCCUUGCCAUCCAAGCGAUCCAGCAGAUCCUUUCAUCCUACCCGUCAGCAACCAUCGUCGGGACAGUCAGAAAUGGAAAUGCAACACCAAAAAGCCCUCAAGUGCUUCAACUGGAAGAGAUCAUCUUACGCCAUGGAACCAGCAAGUCCUUGAUCAAGAAUGUGGAUCUCAACUCCAUCACGGAAGUUCGGGAGUUCGCCAAUGAAAUCGCCGGCAUGGUGCAAUCCAAAAAGCUGCCCCCAAUCAGAGCCGUCAUCUGCAAUGCAUUCACAUGGUCUUUGAAUGGUCAACAGUUUUCGCGUGAUCGCUUCGAGUCGACGUUCCAGGUCAAUCAUCUUGCGCACUUCUUGUUGGUCCUGAAACUUGUGCGGAGCAUGGAUCGCGAGACUGGUCGCAUACUCAUGAUCAGCUCUGAGGUGCACGAUCCCGACAAUGUCAACCCUCUCUCAAAACUGGGAGCAGGUUUACCCGCCCACGAUGAUUAUGAUCGCUUGAUCAAGCCGGGCCCCGACAAGGUUGGAUCAGAACAUGACAUGGGCUGGCAGAGAUAUGCCAACAGCAAAUUGGCCAAUGUCAUGUUCAUGCAGAGUCUGAAUAGGCGACUGGCAGAGACUUCAGAAUUUAACAAGAUCACGGUCACGGCCAUGAACCCAGGUGGCCUCGUUGACUCUCGUGCUCAUGAUGCGCAGCGUUUGAUCAAUCGAAUUCUUUUUGCAAUUUCCGCGUUUCUCUUGCCAAUCAUCAGUCUCUUCACCUCCAAGCUUCGGACAAGUGCAAAUUCAGCAAGGGAUGUUGUUGCUCUGGCCGUGAAUCAGGAGUUUGCAUCAAGAAGAGGCUAUUUCGACGGGAGAACCCCCCAGUCGCCUGCCCGUGCAAGUAAAGAUUGGGAGGAGUGCGAGGCUCUUUGGAAAGCUUCUUGGCAGUGGACUGGCAUGGAAGAUGCUGAGACUUGCAUUUCUCCGUAA